AUGGCUCAUAGGCUGGCGCACACAGCGUCUACGGGAGGCAAGCGGCACUUGGAACGCGAUGCCAGGUUUGCGCGAUUGAGGGCAGAGCAUAUCGACUACUUCCGAUCGGCCCUGGGAUCGUCCGAUGUCCUGGAUGGGACCACACUUGAGGGCUCUUUGGAGCUCACAGGCUUCAAUGAAGACUGGAUGGGGAGGUACAAAGGUAAUUCUCAACUGGUACUGAGACCUCGCGACACCUCUCAAGUCAGUCAGAUUUUGGCAUAUUGCAACGACAACAACCUCGCAGUUGUGCCCCAAGGAGGGAACACUGGUUUGGUGGGUGGUAGCGUCCCUGUAUUUGACGAGAUCAUCAUCUCGCUCUCGAAUAUGAAACGCAUACGAGACUUCAAUCAGGUCAGUGGGGUAUUAACCGUGGAUGCUGGAGUUGUCUUGGAAACCGCGGAUUUGUACCUUGCCGAGCGACAGCACAUUUUUCCACUAGAUUUAGGUGCGAAAGGCUCCUGCCAUGUCGGAGGAAACAUCUCUACAAAUGCGGGCGGCCUUCGAUUGUUGCGUUACGGUUCUCUGCACGGAAAUGUCUUGGGUAUCGAGGCUGUACUCCCGAAUGGCACGGUUGUGAACGAUCUUUCGGGGCUACGGAAGAACAACACUGGCUAUGACCUCAAACAUCUGUUCAUCGGUGGCGAAGGUACCCUCGGAAUAGUGACUGGUGUGUCCCUGGUCUGCCCUCCGAAGCCGAAAGCGGUGAAUGUUGCCUUCUUCGGCUUACCUACGUAUGACCACGUUCAGUCCGCGUUUCAAGAGGCUAAGCUACGUCUUGGAGAGGUGCUGUCGGCCUUCGAGAUGAUGGACAGUCACAGUCAGGACUAUGUCCACCGAGCCACUCAAUUCAAGCGACCCCUGGAAACACAACAUGAUUUCUACUGUCUAGUGGAGACGAGUGGGAGCAUUGCUAAUCACGACUAUGAAAAGCUUGAAGGAUUCCUCGACCACGUAAUGACUGAGGGCAUCGUAUCCGAUGGAGUCGUUGCUCAGGACGUCUCUCAGGUCAAAGCUUUGUGGCACUGGCGCGAAGGCAUUGCGGAAGCUCUGAGCAAGGCCGGCGGCACCUACAAAUACGACUUGUCCAUCCCCCACAAGGAUCUCUACCAGGUUGUGAAAGCCACGGAGGCAGAGCUGGUGGCAUCUAAUCUAUUGGGCGCCACUGAUGAUUUUCCGGUAGAGAGCGUACUCGGCUAUGGUCAUAUGGGUGACAUGAACAUUCAUCUGAAUGUCGUCGUCAGGCGGUAUAGCGACUCCGUCCAAAACUGUCUUGAGCCAUGGAUCUACGCUUGGACUCAGCAGCAUAAUGGCAGUAUCAGCGCCGAGCACGGUUUGGGACUCGCCAAAAAGCCAUACGUGGGUUACAGUAAAGAUGCGGUGAUGCUGGAUUUGAUGACUCAAGUCAAGAAGCUCUUUGACCCCAAAGGUAUCAUGAACCCUUACAAAUUUAUUUAG